GGCAUGCGCACUGCAUCGGUUCUACGGGGGACGGGAAGACAUCACGGAAAAACUCGCUGUACCCGAAACCCCCACGCUGAAAUUCAUUCUUGGUUGCAGAGUAGCACGACUACCGACUACCAUGUUUGAUACACUGUUGAAGCCAGGGACUACUUGACACCCUGGCGAUUUAAGUCGCCGCAAAACCGUAUCAAAUACCGUAUGGGAACAGUAUGCGGGAAAUGGUUGGAGGUUGCUGCGUGUGUUCGGAUGAGCGAGGCUGGGCUGAAAAUCCUCUUGUAUACUGUGAUGGGCACGGGUGCAGCGUCGCUGUUCACCAGGCGUGCUAUGGUAUUGUCCAGGUGCCCACUGGCCCGUGGUUCUGUCGAAAAUGUGAGUCUCAGGAGAGAGCUGCCAGAGUGAGAUGUGAGCUGUGCCCUCACAAAGAUGGCGCCCUCAAGAGGACAGACAGUGGAGGCUGGGCUCAUGUGGUUUGUGCACUCUACAUUCCCGAGGUGCAGUUCGCCAACGUUCUCACCAUGGAGCCUAUCGUACUACAGUACGUCCCUCACGACAGAUACAUCAAGACGUGUUAUAUCUGUGAGGACCAUGGGCGAGAGAGCAAGGCUGCGUGUGGGGCCUGCAUGACGUGCAACCGGCAGGGCUGUCGACAAGCCUUCCACGUCACCUGUGCUCAGAUGGCUGGCCUGCUGUGUGAGGAGGAGGGCCCUGAGGCUGACAACGUCAAGUACUGUGGCUACUGCAAGCACCAUUACAUCAAGAUGCAGAGGAAGAUGCGCUCCAGUGGAGAGAACACCGAACGCGGCUCCUUCGGCCACUCCAGGGGGGGCUCCACGUCCCCCGCCCAGGACAAACACGGCUCCCACCACCACAGGCUCAGGAAGAGUCACAAGGACAAGGUGAGACAAAAGGAGAGGCAUAAAAAGUCAUCUGAUGGUCUGGGGUCCUCACUAUCCAGCAGUAUGGACAAGUUGUCGUCGGGUCACCACAGCAACAAGGACAGCGAGGGGAAUUUGAAGAGGUUGAGCUCUCACGGCCAGCUGGGACACCGCAGUAAGAAGACAGGAAGCAUUGGCAAGAGCUGCUCCUCUUCCUCUUGCUCCUCCAGUCCCUUCAACACUGGUGGCGGCUCCCAAGACCUCCUCCCGUUCUCCUCUACCUCUCGUUUGGAGCGCGACCCCGACCGAGGAGCGGACGAGCACAGCGCUGAGGAGCCCCGGGACGAGCGGACCAGACGGACAGCGCCUGGGGAAGAUGACGAGGAAGGGGAGGAGGAAAAGGAAGAAGAGAAAGAAGAGGAGGAGGAAUUGGACAAUAGUAAAUACCACAACAAGGCCUCUCUGCAGCCCCCGGCCCUGACCCCGGUUGACGGACCUCACGGAGGGUCGUCGCAGGGUCACGAGAGGUCAGAGGGCGAGACCAACUCUUUCGAGACCAAGGUCACCAUCUCCACCUUCGGCUCCGUCAUGCGCAUCACUUCCUCCUCGGGUGGGAUAGGCAGCGGCAGCAGCAAGCUCCGCAAAAUCACUUCCUCCUCCUCGGGGGACUACAAGCUUUCAAAGUCACUUCUCAAGUCCCCGCACCUAGCCACGCCCCCUAUACUGGAGGAGGCCAACCUAGAGGAGGACAAGGCCACGCCCCCACCACCGCUGCCAACACACCGGGAGAGGAGGCACCGUGGCAACAAGAAGAGCCGGCACGGACCGGGGCGCCCGCGGGGGAGCAAGAACCGGGAGCGGAUGGAGAGGCGAGAGGAGGAGUACCGUCACCACACGGCUCCUGCUCCACCUCCUUCCCUAACCUCCUCCUCCACCUCGUCCUCCUCGCUCUUCCCCAGCUCCUCCUCCCUCCCCCACACAGCGUACUCCUCCACCCUGCCCACCUCCUCCCUCUCCUCUUCCUUCCCCUCCUCCUCCACUUCCUCUAGCGUCAGUUUCUCCACAGGCCGCGGCAAUACGCUGCUCGGCUCCGGAAUCUACACCUGUCACGAGGGCCCUCUGUCUUUGAGUGGGGGUGUCUGUAGCACCCCUCUGUCUUUGAGUGGGGGUGUCUGUAACACCCCUCUGUCGUUGGGCGGAGGCGUAUGUAGCACCGCUCUCUCUUCAGGACUCCUGCCAUCUCACGUCUCCACGCUGUCACUUCAACCAGUCAACUCUGCCCUCAACCCACAGGUGCAUGUUCCAUGUUCCAGUUCUUCCUACAGCCUCAGCUCCUCUCAGCCAUUUGGCAGGGUCUUUUCUACUGCCCGUACACUGCCCUCACUACUGAGCCAAGCCCAGACCUCACUUCAAGAGUCCGAGAUGGACGACUGUCGCUUCCCAUGUCACGACAACUCGCCACGAGAGAGCCUUUCCUCACAGUCUCCUAUGAGCUGUCUGCCUCUACUGUUUGACCAGAGGGAGGGUGUGGGCCCUGGGGUCAGAGGGCGCCCUGAAAACGUCCCUCCAUCCAGCUCCCACAUAGAGCUCCUCCUGGAGAAGCAUGGCAACGGAGAGAUGGGUGCCAACAUUGUAGAGAUGCUCCAGUCCCUCCACUCGCUGCAGCAGGAGAACCAGCGUCUCCAGGACCAGAUUCUCAGCCUGACGGCCAAGAAGGAGCGGCUGCAGCUGCUCAACGUGGAGAUGGCCUGUCCCUUCCCCCCGCAGGUCCAUCACUCCCACCACUCCGCCCAGGGCCUAGUGCCCACCACCACCCACAUCAGCUUCCUCUCCUCCGCACACGACCCCCUCAGCACCAAUAAGAGUCCCCUGUCUAAAUGCUGCUUCCUGAAUGAUACCUCCUUCAUCACCUCAUCCGAGGAGCUCCACUCUGGUAGUCCCUCCCGCAGUAGCUCCUCCCUCUCCUUCCAGAGCACUCCGCCCCCACAGCAGAGUCCCGCCUCUUUCGGCCAGCCCUUGCUGAACGGGCUGGGUGGGCGGGGUUUGACUGACAGCCUGGGGGGCCUCAGUCAGGCCAGCAGUUCCAUGGUGGGCGGGCUCAUGGUCUCCCUAGCAGGAAGUCCCCAGCUGAACAUGAACGGCGUGCUGGGCAGCCUGAACGGGGUGAUCCAGUCACCUGUCCAGAACGGACCCCAGCCCACCCUGCCGGCCCUGCGGCCCCAGCCUCCUCCUUUGGGCCCCCAGGGACUGGCACAGGGCCUGCAAAUCCCCAAGAGCAUGAGUCCGUCUUCCCUCCUGUCUGAGCAGCAGAAGCAGCUCCUUCUCCAGCAGCACUUCACUCCAGAGCAGCAGCUGGUGGUCUAUCAGAUGCUGCAGCAGCAGUGGCAGAGGGAGCUACAGCGCCUCACACUGACCGGGGCCCUCACCUCCACCCCCACUGCCCAGUCCCCAAACCUGGGGGCCUCGCCCCUGCAGGGUGGCCAGGGAAACCCCCUCUUCGGCCUGCAGGAGAAUGCACUUCACAAGCCCGGGGGGGUGGGAGAGAAGGGCGGAGACAACAAUGGCUGAUAUGUUAUCUUCGUGUCUGAACUGUUGCAGCUAUAACAGCAGCCAUAGCAGCAGCUAUAACAGCAGCUAUAACAGCAGCUAUAACAGCAGCUAUAACAGGGGAAAGGAAAGUAAUUGAGCUGUUCCAUCAGAAACUAAUGUCACCUUUAAUCUCCAUCUGAAAGACUCUUGAACUCUCGGUCUUCUAUCAUCUCUGUCUUUCCCCCUCUUUUAUGAAUGUAUAAUGGAAUCGAUUUAAACGGUUAUGUUUUAUUUCUUAUGCAUUGAAUUCCUUUUAUUUGAGGACGUUUUUUUUUCUUCCAGGUCUGUGUGUGUGUAGGCAGCUUUCAGAGAGCAUGAAUACGGUGGUCUGUAAUUGAAUUGCACUAAUCUGUUUGCUAGACCAAUUGGGUUCACUCUUGUAGCAAGAGCCAGAGAUUCUGGUGUCCUGACGGUAAAUGUGGAGAGUAUUGGGGUCCAGCAUAGAAAUUGGACUCUGGUGAUCAAUUCCAAAUCAACCCCUAGCCGCUACUCUCAAGGCACUUCCUGAGAUCUGAAAUGAUUCGAUGAGCGUAAAACAACAUGAUGACUAUUCCACCUAGCCAAUCAGAAGACAUGGUAAACUUUAAACCUAUCCAAUCCUUUUAGAUCUCCUGGAGUGCCUAUGGGUCGGGCUAAGUGUCGACUUGGAAUUUGGGUGUGAGUGUUUUGGGCCAAAGUGUCCUUAGGCCAUAACAUUACUGAAGCACUGACCCUCCACUUAAGCAAUUAUACCCCUGUGGAACCAAUGUAUCCCUCUAAACAUCCUUGUUGAGGACAAUCUGUCUGAAACAUCUCUAAACAUCAACUGUCUUCCUCAAGGUCUGUCUUCCUUUCAUUUUCUUCCCUCCCAUAUAUUAUACAACUAUGAUAUUCCUAUUCUAUCCUAUUAAAUGUCACAGCUACAGGCUGGCAUCAAAUGAUCUGGGGACUGGCAUUGACAGUGUAGAGUGCGAACUAUGCCUCAGUCCACCCCUGAGAAUUUAGAGAGAAUGUAUGAUCUUCAAUAUGUGUGCCGCUGCCAAGAUUAAUCAAACGAAACCAAACAUUUGAAAAUUGUCCCAAGUAAAUAUGUAAGAAAUUAAUAUUUUUGUUUCCUCAACCCAUGUGUACUUUGCUGAUGAUAUAACCUAAUAAGGGACAUUUGGAUACUUGGAAUUGAUAAGUUAAUGAUUGAUUAGUAUGAAUAUUUUGCACUCUAUCCUGAAGUGUUAGUGUUUUCUUAUUCGUUUCUGUUGUACAUAUUGUUCUGUUGAUGCCCGGGAAACUAGUUGUUCUUUUAGCAAUACUGUAUAGUUGUCAAUGCCUUAAAAUAACGCUAGAAUUACUGAGGAACAUUCAACUCACACUUAACAGCCAAAAGGCAGCUUCUUUUGUCUUUUUCAUUUCUUAAUCUAGUUUUUGUUCUGGUUACAUUUACCGUUAUUUCAGAUUUUGGUGAAAGCACUCCUUUCAAUCUUACCAUUUAUACUAUCGAUAGGCAACGGUGAUAAUGUCAACAAUUGUAAAAUGAAAAUAUGUUUAUUGGUAAGUCUCAAAUCAUCUGUAAAUUGUGUCUUAAGAUGCUGCUCAGUGUUUUAGAAGAACUGACAAGCAACAUCCCAUGUUAGAUGGUAUCACUUGACUUUGUCUUAAGAUCUAUAGAAAUGCGGUCAUAGUAAUGACAUAGCAGUCAUGGUAUUUGUGACUAUGUUCUUAUACAUCUGUGACUCAAACUCUUAUUGGUGUCAUCAGGUUCAAAUGUUGAUUCAAUUGUCAUCAGGUGACUUUAUCUGUUAUGAUACGACUGCCCAUGACAUCUGUUACGUCAUUCUAGUAACACUUAUUAUGUACAGUAUGUCUUACUACUGAGAUCAUGAUGUCAAGUAUGUAACUCUAAUAUGUAACUUUCUUUACUACAUCUCCUUUCCUGUGUGGCACCUAACACCAGGUCCUUCUGUGCUGGGAUCAAGCUAAUCUAUUAACAUUGGCCAUUCUCCCAGGUCUUGUAACUCACUGUUAGACUGGAAUAAUAUUUUUCCUUUGCGGUGUUCGUUACUAAUCUUAUUCACUCAUUUCCUCAUUUAACUACGGUCAACGAUCAUUCCCAAAUGUGGGUUAGUUUUCCAUUUGCGACCUCGAUAUUGACCUCCCCGUACAUGUGAUAUCCGGUAAGUAUUAGAUCUGUUCUGUUUUUGUUGUUAGUUUAACAGUGAGGAGCUUUCAAGCGACUAUUGUUAGUUGGUUAAAAUGCUGUAGCAACGAGACGAUAGGAGAAUGUUAACGUUGACAACACAUGAGCCUAUUCCGCCACAUUGACAAGGACUUCCGAAGGAGAUCUGCGGUUGAACAAGUACGUCCUUAUGAGUUGUUGUACGAUUAAGGUAUAAAAAAAAAAAUCUAGGAAAGAACAUGUCAAAGAGGUUGUUUUGACUGAAAGAGUACCUCGAAGGAAUCUUGAAAGGGAAUCUUUCCCAUGUUGCACUGGGGCAAUUUGGCCCAAUAAAUGUAAAUCUUUUUUUUAUAUAUAUAUACUUUUUUUUUUAUUGUUUGAGUGCAAAUUGUAUACUUAAAUGUGUUUGUGUAUAGACACAUUCAUUUUCUAAGCUUUGAAGUUUGGGUAACCAAGAUAAUCCAUGUUAUUAUGUAGGUAUGUUGUUAUGUGUAUCUGUUAUGUAUUACAUCAUAUUUAAGCACCUCUCUCUCAAUGAAGUUUGACGAAAAUGGAACUAACUUCUUGGGACAUAAAAUGCAUGAAAUGCAGUUAAGUCUCGCAAAUCAGUAGCUAAAUACCAAGUUUGACUACGCAUAGUUUUUAAAUGCACUGUUCUCAAAAAAUGUUUUAUGAAAUUUAAGUUGAGCACUGCAUUUAAGAAAAGACAAGCAUUGUUGUCAAUGUACAGUGUAUUUGUUAGAGAGAAUUAAUCAAUGAAUUUGCCAAUAUUCAGAUUUAAUGCCCUGUAAAGUAUUUUGAUAUUUUUGUGUAAAAAUUAAGGUACAAUUAAGACGACUGAACUUUUACUGUCAAUAAAUGUAUUUUACUGA